AUGAAAGACGAUACAGAUUUUAACAUACAUUUUGUUGGUGUAAUUGAAAAACAUCCUUGUAUUUAUGACCAUAGUAUUUCUGACUACAGUAAUAGAAAUGUAAUCGACAAUGCUUGGGAAAAAAUUGCCAAGCUAGUAUCAGAACCUGUAGCUGACUGUAAAGAACGGUCAUAUACACGUCAUCUGAAAUCUAGCAUUAGUCCGUCUGGUAGUGCUACAAAAUCAAAGAGACCAUAUUACCUUGCAGAGCACAUGCAAUUUUUACAACCAUUUACAAAAUCACGCAAAUCUGUUUCGUCAAUCAGUAAUAGUAAUAGAUCAUCCUCACAAAUAUCUAACAAUUCGUCCGAAGAUUUUAUUGAAGAAAGUGAUAGUUCUGUCAACUUGCCUGAAGAUGAAAUAAGAUCAGAUAAUCAGUAUGAACCUGAUGCCAUCCAAUCAACAAGUCCGUUAUGUAAUGAAUUAUUCAAACCUCCUAACAAACAUUUUAAAACGUCCAAACAAUCUAUCUCAAUAUCUGAUGUGAACAUUUCGGCUUAUGAAUAUUUUCAAUCCAAAAAGAAUACCAGUAAAAUAGUACAUGAGAACAAGCCUCAAGAACCGGAAGUGUCUUUUCUAAUGAGUGUUCUGCCCGAUUUCAAAGAAAUGAACGCAGAUCAGAAAAGGCGAUUUAAAAUUGGAAUUCUUAAUUUGGCUGGGAACAUUUUAAAUGAAAAUACAUACAAACCUACUUUAGAGCCUUUUAACAACCCUACAUCAUCGGCAUCUUCAACUAUGUAUAUUGAUCAACGAAGCACACGUUUUGAACCAUCGUUAAACGACCAAACAACAACCAUGUUAUAG